UCGCAUUCCUUCCACACAAACUAGUCCGUAGCUCUGUCAUUUAUUGUAAAGGCUUGUGCCAGGAGACGCGAUUCGCUUGAGCUUCGGAACUGUUAUCUCCAGUGGGUGAGUAAUUUAUGUGUGCACGAUCUGAAGUGCAGUACAAAAGCAAAUCAACUAGAUUGAAAAAGCCUACAAUGGAAAAUUCCUCCGCGCAGCGCGCCAUUGACUGUAAAGACCUUUCAACUUAGCAAAGACUGGAAUUGACAAACGUCUUCUCUCGUGGCCGCAACUCCUUUUAACGGAUAUUUGUCUUCGAAGGUGAAAGUCGUUCAGUAUGGCAAGAUUACGAGGAGAGGAGUCUCAUCGGUAAAACACCGCGGUAUGGUUGGAUCAAGAUAGUUCUUAUUGUCAUUUCCAUGUGUAGCGAAAUUGUGACUAGCUGUCUCUUAAGUCGAUAGUGAGCUAGCGCUGUUUUGCUGGCAAACUUAUUUCUCGGGAGGUAAAAACAUGGAUAAGAGCGAGGAGGAUAUAGGACACAGGGCAAGUAAAUUAAUAGAAGAUCUUUCGCUCUAUGAAUCAUACAAGGACGGGAUUUACAAUGCCAGAAGAGACAUUGUAAUCAACCCGGAUUUGGAGUUUUCGGCUCAGAUGAUCCCCGAACAGAAAAGUAAGAGAAUGAAUGGUGGUGGUCCUGCGCUUCCCCAACAACUCCAUAGCUUUGAAAAUUAUCCGGCGCCUGGAAAUAAAGUUUACAACGCGGCUCUCGUGCGCCCUGUAAACGGAAACCGUGCGCUCCCUCUGGAUUGUUGCACUUCUCAAAGAGAUGCAGUUUAUUGUGAUGAUGGUCAUUGCACCAAAUCUGAAGUUGCCUUGCCGUGCUACACCGGUGCAUCGGACAGGCACAGGAGGUACUCGUUGGAGGUGCAAGGACACAGGUACAGCACAGGUAGCGCUUAUGAUGGAGUACUCUUGAAUAAACACGGACUUUUUCCUCCCUUCCCUAGCAAUAGAAGCAACAGUGUCUGCGUCAGUACUAACCAAGACAUCAGGUACAAUGCAACUAGCCCCCGUUCGAGUUUAGCAUCCUCCGUGUCUUCACAGGAGCAGAGCAAGCAUGCCAGCCCCAGGUCUAGCAUCAGCAGCCCUCGGACUAGUUUGGUGGUUCCUGGUCAAGAGAAGUACACAAGUCCAAGAUCCAGUUUGGUGCAGUAUGAAGGGAAUAAUGCAUUUAGCCCAAGGUCCAGCUAUGCAAGUACAGCCAGUGACACCAGUAAACAUUCCAGCCCAAGGACCAGUUUGAACAGUUAUGACAGCGGUAGUAAACCUAGCAGCAAUCGUACCAGUGGCAUUAGCAUGGGAUACGACCAAAGGCACAUCAGCCCAAGGUCCAGUACGGCUAGCCAGUACUCUUGCACCACUAGUCCGCGGUCCAGCUACUCCGAUUCUCGGUACGUGUCUACUGGCAACCAUGAGCUUGAGGGAGCAGCGUUACACGGUAUGCCUGUGGUAAGUCCCCGGUCCAGCAUCUGCAGCCAGGACGGCAGCAGUAGACCAGGAGUGGCAGCAAACUCCGUGGCAAGCCCGCGCUCCAGCAUUUCCAGCCACAGCUCCAGAAGCUCUCGUAGUUCCAGGGGAUCUAUGGGUACAUUCCCCGAGCUACAGUUGCCUUCGCCAAGGUCGUCAAUGUUGGGACCUGGUUUACAGGAGGAUACAGUUGUUGAGAAUUUUGGAGACACAAACUGUAUUCACAACAGAGUAAAUCUCCAGCUUUCCCCAGCAGUACAAGAUUCGCAGCAACAGCAGUCAAGCCAACAUGGAUUAAACUCCGAUCUGACCACGGGUGCUCCUGCACCUUUUAAUUACGGGAGCACCCCGAAAAGUUCAGCCUCGGCACAGAAGUUUAAGUUACCUUAUCAAGUCACACCAUGCCGUGAAACUGGCCCCAGCCAAGCUGAAAGAAGACUGGAGGCUCUCACCCUGGAGCUGGAGAAGGAGUUAGAGAUGCACAUGAAAAAAGAAUAUUUCGGUAUCUGUAUAAAAUGUGGGAAGGGAGUGUAUGGAGCCAGCCAGGCCUGCCAGGCAAUGGGGAACCUCUACCACACCAACUGCUUCACCUGCUUCUCAUGCGGGAGAAGACUGAGAGGAAAGGCAUUCUACAAUGUCAAUGGCAAGGUGUACUGUGAGGAGGAUUUCUUGUACUCUGGGUUUCAGCAAACGGCAGACAAAUGCUUUGUGUGUGGCCACCUCAUCAUGGAAAUGAUCCUGCAGGCACUGGGCAAGUCCUACCACCCUGGCUGCUUCCGCUGCGUCGUCUGUAACGAGGGUCUGGAUGGGGUCCCUUUCACUGUGGAUGUGGAGAACAACAUCUACUGUGUGAAAGACUACCACACGGUUUUUGCCCCCAAAUGUGCCUCCUGCAAUAAGCCGAUCCUUCCUGUCCAGGGCUCAGAGGAGACGAUCAGGGUGGUGUCCAUGGACAAGGACUACCACGUCGAGUGCUAUCACUGUGAGGACUGCGGACUCCAGCUGAACGAUGAGGAGGGCCACCGCUGCUACCCUCUGGAGGGUCACCUGCUGUGUCACAGUUGCCACCUCUGCAGGCUGAAGGCGCAGGCGCCCCCGCUGCCACACGCACACGCACACCCCCCUCCCAGCUACCCCAUGCACGUGACGGAGCUGUGAGGGGGCGGGCGGGCAUGGCGAGUUGUCGCCAGUGCAGACAGAGGAAGAGAAAGCUGAGCUGGGGAGCCCAGAGAGAGGGAUGCUGGACAUCGAAUGGGAGCAGGGAGUGGCGUGACAAGGCGACCCGCUCUUCUGCCCGACAACAGGGGCAGAGGGCCACACCCUGAUGAAGAAAGCAACUCCUGUUUGCACAAGUCUGUGGGAGGCCUCAAGGCCUAGCAAGAGGGAUGCCUUGAGAGGUACCAAGGCUGUGGAAUCAUGCUGCAAACCCAUUAGAUGGCAGAGCUAGGAAAGAGAGGGGGGCUCACCUUUUCCCCUCUCUUUCCCAAAGCCCUGGGCCAGAGAGGCCCUCUGUGCACCUAGAGCUGUGACUUUUACAUCCCCUGCAGCUCUUGCAGCACCUCCACAGGAGGAAAAGCACCAUUCAGUUUUCUGUUACUCAUUCCUUCAUGACUGAGGACACAUGCUUUGGGGUGCUCACUGCUUUCCUGCGCACUCACAGUAAACCUUGUAGGUCAUGGCUCUGGUAAGCCAUGUCUCAGUGCUUUUCAGCUCUUAACACAGAUGAACUGCUAUGACUUCAGAGUAGCCAUUCUCCAGGAAUCGCACUUAAGAGGACUGCUUUCUUAAUCCUUGCCCCUGCAGGACACAGUAGUUCAACUACUUUCCUAUUGGCUAUGCAAGGGAACUCUUGUGCCUAUGUGUAACUGUGCAACAUUCCACAUACUGUCCUGCCUAACAGACUUAAAUACUGUCAGCGACAUUGCUGCAGUUUAAGCAUGCAUUGCUGGCAUUAAAUCCACUCACUAUGCCUUCUUCAAUGUCUGUUUUUAGCAUAAGAUGAUCUUAAAAGAAUUACAAACAGUGUCUUAAUAAUUAUAACGACAGUUAGAUGUACAUAGAUUGUACAAGUGUCUUUUAUAAUAUAUACUUCUACAGGCAUUUUCCACUUAUUGAUAUAGGACCAUAGUGUUUUCCCCCCACAUUAUUUAAUGGAGUCAGAGGCCAAAUUACAUUUCUUGACAAGCUGUGUACAUGUAUAUGAUUCAUAGUCUUAAUCUACUGUGUUGCAUUGGUCCAGUGCAUUGUGUUUUUCCGCCAUCUGGAAGUCAAAGUCCAAGAGGCUUCACUGUUGUGGGCGUUUCGUAUGACCUGCAGACCUAUUCGUUUGCUCUUAAUAUAUUUAAGACACUGGUUCUUUCUAGGAGAGAGGCUGAGUACAGCAAGGACCAUAAAACAGUCCAACCUCCUCUGAGUUCAAGCCUCAAAGCAGAAACAACACAGAAAUAUCCCACAAGUUAUUGAUGAGGCUGUAAAUAGAGCAUUUGGCAGAAGGUUAUAGAGGAAGUUUGUCGUACAGUAAUCAUUGUUUUUGGAGUGGAACAGGGGAUGUUUCAGACAACCCGGAGAUACUCCCCCAACCCUGGGGACAUCUGGGACCGGGGCCUGGAGAUCUUCAGUAUUUAACUUCCAAGUUUAAUUUAUUCAUUCUCUCGUUGGGUGUUUGAUUCCCUCCGUCCUGCUUAUGUGCUGCUAAGACACAGCACAAUAGUCUGUUGCUCCAGAAGCACAGCCUCUUUCUACUCUCCACCACGUCCACUGCUUGCAGAACAGCUGGUCUCAAGCAAGUCUUAAAAAUGUGGGGGUGUUUAAGUACUACUGAAUUUGAACAGAGCCCCAGGACUGCUUCAGAUGUAAUCAUAUAUGAAAGGAAGAAGGGGCACAAAAGACAGAAUGUGCAUGUCAUUAUCUUUGUCACAUUAGAGUUAUCCAGAACAAGAUGUAUACAAGCACGUUACGACGAGCAACCAUGACUGAAUUUUCAAAAGUAAAAUGCUGCACACCUUAACACCUCAUAUCAAAAUCCAUGAGUCCUUGUAAGCAAGGUCUUGUGGUUCCAUUACUUAUUUGACAUUCCAAACUUAUUUGAAAGGCAUUUACUGGCAGGUUUACAAUGUGAAAUUUGGAAUCUAAAGUCUUUCAUUUUAUGAUGAUUUAUUUACAGUUUCUCACUGAUCAAGUUUAAAAGGCACACUAUACAACCAGCUUUGCCCAAACAGAAUUUAUCAAUUUUUAAAACUUUAACAAUACCAAGCCCAAGAAAAAUGUUUAUUUACACACGAGGAUAACAUUUUAUUAAGUAUUUGUACUGGAUUCCUGUUGUAUACCACGUGACUAGUUUAUCUGUACAAAAAAGCUAGCUUCUUUCCAUGUACCAUCAGAUAUCCAAACAAAAAAGUAGGUGAUUUCUCUCCUGUAAGUAACAUUACUGUAGAUCUCAAAAAAGCGCAUGCAUUACAGACUUCUGUAUUAUUCAGUGUUUGAUUCCCUAGAUGGUUCAUGAAAAAGAAAAGACCGGAAAUGUAGAUUUAUUUAUCUAAAGAUGAAAAGUCUAAAGUUAUUUAAUAUGUUUAAAG